AUGCGCAAUGCGUUGGCGGAGUUCAAGCAUGGGAAAAAGAGAGGCCCGUGGAAUAUGAGAAAUUCGAGAAGCCGCCUACUGUACAAGGGUCUCGUACAGCUGCAUAUCAAGCUCCGUUGCCAAGUGAUGAUUUGCCUCACGAGGUGUUUUUUGAGUGAUGUCGAUGAGCUGGACGUCCAAAAAUUUUCUGAUUUUUUUGUUUGUAGGCUUUGGGCGGAUGCAACCCUCACGCUCUGA